GGGAUAGAAAGUGAAAGGGAAAGUAUGAUAACCACGAGUAACAUAACCCUUUGAUAUGAAUCUAUGACACGCUUGUUUGCUUGCCAUCUUGAUCAAUACAUUUCGAGCAACAGGUCAAAAUUGCGCUUUCUCGCUUCCUCAGGGCCCUGUCGGGGGCGAGGCGCGCCCUCCAAACAUCCAGCAUGGCCGCCCCUCCAGAGCCGACAAGGAAGAAGUUGUUCGGUAGGGAGUUUUACGAGAGCCUGGGAAGCCCGAAGAUGAUCCUGGCUCCCAUGGUGGAUAGGUCGGAGUUUGCAUGGCGCAUGCUCACUCGAUCCUUCAUGGACUCUAAUUCCCCUCAUCCCCUUCUCGCCUACUCUCCCAUGUUUCAUGCGCGCCUCUUCAAGGAAAGCCCUGGUUAUCGCUUGCAGCAUUUCGAAGCGACUCGUCCAAAGCCACCAAGGUCACCUUGUACGGACGACGGGGAAUCACCGUUGCCCGGCGACAUCCGAUAUCUAGACGGCAACCCCGCCCUCGACCGACCCCUCAUAGUCCAAUUCUGCGCCAACGACCCAGACGACCUCCUCCAAGCCGCCCGCACCGUCGAACCCUUCUGCGACGCCGUCGACCUAAACCUAGGCUGCCCGCAGGGGAUCGCCCGCAAGGGCCACUACGGCGCAUUCCUCCAAGAGCAUCCAGACUUGAUCUACAAGCUCAUAAACACGCUGCACAGGGAGCUCUCGAUCCCCGUCACGGCGAAGUUCCGUAUCCAGGAGACCAAGGAGAAGACGUUGGAGUAUGCGCGGAUGAUACUUUCCGCCGGGGCGAGCAUUAUUGCCGUCCACGGCCGCCGGCGGGAGCAAAAGGGGCAUAACACCGGCUUAGCGGAUUGGUCUUAUAUUCGCUAUUUGCGAGAUAACCUACCGCCUGAUACGGUUAUUUUCGCAAAUGGGAAUAUUUUGAACCAUGGGGAUAUUGAAAGGUGUCUGGAGGCUACGGGGGCGGAUGGGGUGAUGAGUGCGGAGGGGAACUUGUGUGACCCGACGAUAUUCACCACGCCGCCGGCACGGAGCGCCAGCGGUGAUUGUCCUGGGUAUUGGGUAGGGAGGGAUGGGAAGGGGGGUUAUCGUGUUGAUUUCGUCUUGCGUCGGUACAUGGAUAUUAUCUACACAUAUGUCCUUGAUGUCCCGCCGCCCGUGAGGAAGCCGCUCUAUGUGUUUUCUCCCCCUGCCACCUCCUCCAGUAACGGCAACGCUAGCAACAACACUGCACACUCAGACUCUACUCCCGCCCUCCUACCCGCCGAAGGAGCCGAAGAAAAGAACGAAAACGAAAAACACGCAGGCAACGACGCCGAACCCCCAAAAAAGAAACGCAAAAGAAAUAAAGAGGCCGCCAAACCCACCUCACCCAACCUAGUCUCCAUCCAGGGCCACCUCUUCCAACUCCUCCGCCCCCUCAUCUCCAAACACACUCACAUCCGCGACGCGCUCUCCAAAUGCCGCGCUAGCCGGAUGCCGGAGAUCGAAAAAAUCGUCUCACUCGUCGAAGGGGCCGUCCAGGCCGGAUUGCAGGAGUACGAAAUGUUCCCGGAGCGUUUUGAAACACAGGGAGGAGAAGGAAAAGAAGAAGACGAAACCUGUCCCAGCUCGAAAGCCACGGUGGCACAAUACAAGCGGCCUUGGUGGGUAUGUCAGCCGUACGUGCGGCCGCUGCCAGAGGAGGCGCUGCAGAUCGGAGCGAUACAGCCUAAGAAGAGAGAUAUUCUUGCCAAGAAGAACGAAGGGGUAGCCGGGAAGGUGGUGGAGGCGGCGAAGGGCAAUAUUGUUGAUGGUGAUAGCGGAGUUGCGAGGAAAACGCCCGAUGGGGCGUUGAGCGGGUCUGAUAAGGAGAAUUGAACCCACACGUCCGAUGGGGCGGAUAAGCUGGUCAGUGGCUGAGUUUUGUGGGCUACAAGUCUACAACAGAGCAGGAGGACUCGACCAAAUGGGUGUCCAUGUGCAGUUUACUGUUCCUGGCCCUUGUGGGCAUUGUUAUGUAUAGCAUCCCGUGGGGCUAGGUGGAUGGUUAGGCCGCUGCCCCGCGUGGCUCGAACAUUAUGUACCCACAUGCCGGUCCCUACUCGCCCAUGUGUUUCACAGUUUCACACACCCAUUGACGAGAACAUGUCCAGCCUAGUGGUAUCAGCUACUUUGCAACUAUAUGCCCUUUUGACCUUGAAGAGAAGGGAAGAUGGAAAAAUCAAACCCGAAAUAAUAUCCUACGGAUACGCGAAAUUUGCAACCUACCCAGGCGCAGUCGAUAUGUGCAUGGGCACCCAGCCUACCCUUGGAAUAUUUUACAUGAUCGACAAGCAUGUCAACAUACCUACACCAUUCUAGACGGAGUUGGUUGUUUUUGACUUUCGAAACCAUGAAGCGGGCGUUUGGAUAAAUUUAGAAAAAAAUGAGCAUAGAGGUUUUUAUUUUUCUCAUACCACACGGUCGAUUGGGAUAGGCGAAUAACUAUGCAUUUUUGUUUUGUUUAUAAGUUUGUAUGUGGACGAGCGCUGUCUAAUAUAUACCCAAUUGAAGCGCCAUAUCCGCCUCCUGUUGAUAUACGGCUGGAUUAGAAACCACUGCAUAGGCUGUUUGAUAAUGACAGUUGAUUUCCUUUAGCUCCAGAGCACUAUACUGACAAAAAUUACACAUACAGUUCCUUGCAUCCAAAUAUGGGGGGAGGUGUAUCCCACCUUCUUAUUCAUCAUAUUCUCAUUUCUCAUAUUACAAAAUUGAGUCUAUUGUUACUUUUCAACCUGAAAUAAAUCACUCUACUCCAUGAAUUCCAGGGGAUCUGCGUCUGCAUUUCACAAUGCACAUUCUCCAUACAUUGAUGGGCUUUCCAUUGAGUGUUCUUCCCAAUACAUCCAGGCUGAUGGUUCCUUCUCUUUUUCCUAUAUAUAUAGAUUCGUUUCUUCUACUUGGGAUAUUUCUG